UCAAUAACGGCCCACCCUCCCCGUGUCUUAUAUUGGACAGACGAUUAUACAAUUUUGCAAGAAAUCUUACUAGAUAGGCUUUCUGCCUUACCACCGACAAAGCACACAUACCACUCCUCUGCAUUGGUCUAUUUUCCCGGAAGCCAUGGAAAAUGUGCAGCCACGAAAGUACAAAACCAACCCAAAAAUCUUCCUCCUGACAGCAUUCGCAUCUCUGCUGGUGGUGGCCGUUAUAUCCAUCGCAGUUGUCCAAUCCCACAAGAAUCACCCCAACCACGGCGGAGAUGCGGUGGUCAAGACCACCUGCGCCGCCACAUUGUACCCGAAACUGUGUGUUUCCACCAUUAAUGCGGCAGCCACGGCAGCCUCGGUCGCCAUAAAGAGCAGCAAGGACGUCUUAAUCACUGCUCUCAACUACACCAUCUCCACUGUGGAGAGAAACUACUUCACCGUGAAGAAACUUGGGCGCAGCCGCAAGUCGCUGACGACCCGCGAGAAGGGAGCGCUCCAUGACUGCCUGGAAAUGAUCGACGACACGCUGGAUGAGCUCCGGCGGAGCGCCGCCGAACUGAAAGAUUUCGGGUUCAAGAACUACUCUUUGGCCGAUCAUAAAGAGAAUCUGAUGAUCCUUUUGAGCGCGGCGCAGACGAAUCAGGAGUCUUGCCUCGAUGGGUUCUCCCACGAUAAAGCUGAUAAGGUGGUCCGCCGGGCUCUGGUCGUCGGGCAGAUGCACGUUUUCCGGCUUGUCAGCAAUGUGAUGGCCAUAAUCAAGAAUUUGACGGAUACUGAAAUGGCUAAGAAUUCGUACUCUUCGCCGGAGAGGAGGCUUGGAGAGAAUACCAACUCUGAGUGGCCUGAAUGGUUGUCGGCCGGAGACAGACGUCUGCUUCAGGCCUCGACGGUGACUCCUGAUGUCACGGUGGCGGCUGACGGGAGUGGUAAUUUUAGGACGGUUUCAGCGGCGGUGGCGGCUGCGCCGGGAGGAAGCAGCAGGAGGUACGUGAUUAGGAUUAAAGCUGGAGUGUACAGAGAGAACGUGGAAAUCCCGAGGAGUAAGACGAACUUAAUGUUCGUCGGAGAUGGGCGGACGACCACCAUCAUUACCGGGAACCGGAACGUCGUGGAUGGUAGCACCACCUUCAAUUCCGCCACCGUUGCGGUAGUGGGCGACAGGUUCCUGGCCCGGGACAUCACCUUCCAGAACACUGCCGGGCCGUCGAAGCACCAGGCGGUAGCCCUCCGCGUGAACGCUGAUCUCUGUGCCUUCUACCGGUGCGACAUGCUGGCCUACCAGGACACUCUCUACGUUCACUCCCUCCGCCAGUUCUACACUGGCUGCAUUAUCGCCGGAACAGUCGACUUCAUCUUCGGCAACGCCGCCGCCGUCCUCCAAAACUGCGACAUCCAUGCCCGUCGCCCAAAUGCCGGCCAGCGCAACAUGGUCACCGCCCAAGGCCGCGACGAUCCCAACCAGAACACUGGAAUCGUCAUCCAGAAAUGCAGAAUCGGGGCCACCUCCGAUCUGAGGCCUGUGCAGAGCAGCUUCCCGACCUACCUCGGUAGGCCCUGGAAGGAGUAUUCCAGGACCAUCGUCAUGCAGACCGAUAUAAGCAAUGUCAUCAACCCGGCAGGAUGGUACGAGUGGAAUGGGAAUUUUGCGUUGAACACGUUGUUCUACGCCGAGUAUCAGAACACGGGCGCUGGCGCCGGAACAUCGAACAGGGUGACCUGGAGGGGGUUCAGAGUACUAACUAGUGCGGCGGAGGCUCAACCUUUCACGGCCGGGAGGUUUAUCGCCGGCGGGAACUGGCUGGGAGCCACAGGGUUUCCGUUUUCUCUCGGGCUUUGACGAAUUAAUCCCUAGUCCAUUGGAUGCUGCAGCGGCAUUGUUGUUAAUAUGCUCAUAUCUUUUGAUGCGCAUCCGUUUCCAGGUUGCACGCCGGUGAAUAAUUCGGUUCUGUUUAAGACUGAUUGUUCGACAGUAAGUUUUAAUAAGAAACCGCGGCAUUUGGAAAUAAAUUAUAUAAAAGAUUGUAAUUUAAACAA